AUGCUCGAUUGAGCAUCGAUGAAGAUUUUUAUAAUUUGCUUUUAUGCUAUUAAAUUAUAAAGUUUAAUAUAAAAUUAAUAAGGAUUUAUUAUAAUGGCCUCAAUUAAAGUUAGUUCCAUGAGCCGGUUAACGAGAUUUAUCGUGGAUCCGAGUUUCAGAAACCUACGGUCAAAUUUUUAUCGAGGGUCAGUGCGUACUUAUAGUGCAGAGAAGCCAGCGGAAAGCCAAUCAGAGAAACAGUUGCCUGCUAAUAUAGAGGAAUGUCACAAGCAGAUUGAGCUGCUAACUACUGAAGUUGGAAACCUAAAAGAACAACUCAAAGAUUAUGAAGACAAAUAUAAGAGAGCUUUAGCUGAUGGUGAAAAUGUGAGAAGACGGAUGUUGAAACAGGUGGAGGACGCCAAAUCCUUUGCAAUACAGAGUUUUUGUAAAGACUUGUUAGAUGUGGCAGAUACAUUAUCUGCGGCGGCGGAGAGUGUUCCGGAGGAGGGUGCAGAGGGUGAGGGGGCCGGUGCAGCGCUCCGCUCCCUGAGGGAUGGUGUUCGUCUCACUCGCGCUCAACUUACGCAGGUGUUCAACAGGCAUGGUUUGGUUGCAGUUUCUCCCUUAAGAGAAAAAUUUGACCCAAAUCUUCACGAGGCGCUAUUUCAACAGGAAGUGGAGGGAGCAAAGCCUGGAACGGUUGUAGCAGUAAGCAAAGUUGGCUACAAGCUGCACGAGCGGUGCGUGAGACCAGCGCUAGUCGGAGUCGCCAAGGGAGACUCCUAGUGUUAUAACACAAUUUCGAGCUGUUUCAGCAAGUGGUGGGAGAUUUAUGUAUUUAUAUUCCAAAAACUAUAAUUGUUAAUAUAAAGUUUCAGUUGAAUGAC